UGCACAAAAGUUUGGAGAGUAUCUGUCAAGUCCUGUACUCAUUAAAGUCCCUGGUGGUAGAAUUUGGCAAGUGGAGCUGACCAAAUUUAAUGGUGAGAUCAAACGAUCACUGGAAUCGAAAAAACCAACCAACCACCUGCUUAACACUGAAGAAUAAAAGAAGCAGCAGAGGAAGAAGCCAACUUCCAAGUUCCAACAAUGGCUUCUUGCCCCAGAAGAGACAUGUUCGCGGCAGAAAGGCCCCAUUUUUUCAAGAUAAUUCUUGAGGAGACCAUUCGUGAUAAGAAGCUUGGCGUUCCAAAGAGAUUUGCAAGGAAAUAUGGAGGGUUUCUGUCAAAUCCAGUAGUCCUUAAAGUCCCUGGUGGUAGAAUUUGGCAAGUGGAGGUGACCAAAUUUGAUGGUGAGGUAUGGUUUCAGAAUGGCUGGCAAGGAUUCCUGGAAUAUUACUCUCUGGUGCAUGGAUCCUUUUUAGUUUUUGAAUAUGACAAGAGUAGUUGCCAUUUCAAUGUGACCAUAUUUGACAAGAGUGCAUCUGAGAUAGAGUAUCCUGUCAGUGUCACUAAUGGAGAUGAUAAGGAGAUUAACGAUCUCCAGGAAGAAAUCCAAGAGCCAAAAAUCAUUGAAGAAACUGAAAAUGAUUCAUAUGUUGAAACCUUGGAUGACUCCGUGCUCGGCCGAAAAAGAAAAGAAAAAGCACUAUUAUCAUCCCUUCAGCCUCAGAAGAUGAUGAAGGUUGAGAAUCCUACAGGAAACACAAGUUUGCAUUUUCCUGGAAAACAAGUUGAAGUUGAUUUUGUAGGAAAGAAACAAACAUCAGAUUGCAUUGCUGUGAGGAAAAAGCCAUUGACAACUCAGGAAAAAACCAAAGCUGUUCACAGAGCUAGCGUUAACUUCAAAUCUGAUAAUCCUUUUUUCUUGAUUGUAAUGCAACCAUCAUAUGUUCAUCCAGGAGAAAAAAUGAGUAUACCAGCAAGCUUUGCCAUGAAAUAUUUCCCCUUGAAGCAUACUAGUGAUGUCAACCUGAAUGGUUUAGAUGGAAGAACUUGGUCUGUUAAGUUCUACUUUAAUAAAGCAAGCAAUGGGCAACCGAUGGCGAAAAUUACUCGAGGUUGGAGGGUAUUUGCAGAAGACAAUUGUUUGGAAGUUGGUGAUGUUUGUGCCUUUGAACUGAUAAUGAUUCAGGGAGCUAAAGCUACAUUUAAAGUUACAAUUUUUCGAAACAAAAAAGGUGACAAGAUGAUAUCGAAAGAAGAAGAAGAAAGUAAUUCUCCUGGAGCCAUUGCAGCAGACAAAGGUUUCACUUCAGUGCAUCCAUUUUUCAAAGCAGUUAUUUCAUCCAGUUAUCUGGACACCAUGCACGUUCCACAGAACUUUAUCAGCAACAUCAAGCAAAGCACAGAGCGAUAAAAUUGCAGGUGGGAAACAAAUGGUGGCUGGUGAAGCUGAAUCUAUAUCCACAGUAUGGAAAAUGUACUUUUUCUGCUGGAUGGAUUGUAUUUGCAAGGGAAAAUUAUCUAAAGUUGGGAGAUGUUUG